ACGAGCGCUCCAGUCUAUUCCGGGCAUCCUAGUGGGGUGUGUAUUUUGUAGAUUUCGAUAUCGAAAAGUAUUUACUUUCGACGCAAGUCAAUACCGUCAUCCUGCCAUCAUUUGCUCCGAUAAAUUGUCAUGUGCUGGUUGAAAAAAGUUGAUUUUUAUACCCGCUCACAAACGGUAUAAGUAUUUGUUCAGUAUUCAUUCAUUAUUCGUGAAAUAAUGAUGUCUUAACAAUCAUACAGGAUUAAUUCAUGUAUAGAGAAAAGCUUCCAACAGUCGAUCGAUAACACGCAUUCUGAUUUUAUCUACAAAUACAUUUUCACGUCGAAAGCUACUUUUACUAUUUUUUUUAAAUAUUUGAACUAUUGUUAAUUAAACUAGUGUUUAUUAUUUAUCUACAACUGUGUUCGUGUUUUCUUAGGAAUGAUAAAUAAUUUCUGUAUUCACAGAUGAUUUUUUUAAAUUAAAAAGACAAAAAUAAAGUCUGACGACUACAGUUAAUAAAAUGCCACCCUGGCCAUAGCAGAAUAUUGAUAAUGAUGCCUUCACAUCGUUAUUAUUAUAUUCUAAGUGCUCCUUUUAUAACAUAACACAAGUUUUCGUUAAAUGAAUUAAAUUAGAAAAUAAAAGUGAGUCUCAUUGAAUAUAUCUGAGCUAUUUAAUAUUUAUUUGUGAAGUGAUUUCGGCAUUAUCGUUCUGAAAUGAUUAUGAAGAGUGUGAUGUUGAUUAAUAUAAUAUGAAAUUCUUGUAAUUUAACGUUCUUUAAUCAAGUUCAUAAUUAACAUAUACUUUAAGUUGAACUGGCGCUUUAUGAUGAUCAUUAAAUGGUGAUUCAUAUAGUUCUCCAAAAAUAAAGAUAGUCGGAGUGUGAUGAGGGGUAUCGGAUGAAAGCGCAGCUUCACAGGCACUUUGUCCGACGUUCGGAAUUAUGCAGUCAAUCUUUAAGAUUUCAAACCCAUUGCUGCUUCUAAUAAUCAUAGCAAGUAGUCAAGCAUACAAUUCACGACUCACAGAAUGCGCAUUCCCAUCAAAAUGGGAGGGCACAUGGUUUCAAAGUGGUGUACGCCAACCAAUCCUCAUAUCGAAAAGCUUCCUAUCUAGCAAGGGUAAAUGUCUUCGUAACGAGGGAGACAAGUUUCUUGUUGUUGAUGAAAAGUCUUGCUAUCGUUGUGUUGUCAUUCACGAGAAACACACAAACGUCUUGCAGUACAAAGAAACGUUUUGCCAUAAUAAGAAUUCCCUAACGUCACUUUGUUCGUACAUAACUGGUGACGCUCUACUUUACUCAAUGUUUCGGGAAGAAGCAAUAGCUGUCUCUUGUCCUUUCCGUGGCCCUAUGACAUUCACUUACAAUCGAGGUCAUGGAACAUGUUCAAGUCCACUCAGCAACGUCGAUACCUGCACUGAUGACAGUAGGCUUCUCUUUAGGUACCAAGCAUGUCCCGAUGUACCUGCUUCAGAAAGUGCAGUAGAGGAACUUGAAUGCUUAGCUUUGUGGAAAGAAGGCAGCAGUCGAUAUUUGGUGGGUCGUUUACAUCACGGUCAUGCAUCGAGUAAUGAAGAACGAUACCGAUGUUUCGUAUACGAGCGAGUUGGUCAAAGUAUUGGUGGUCUCAGCAGAACGAUUUUAGGGAUCGAUGCUAUUGACCAAGAAAUUACUUUUCCAGUUAGUGGACCCGUAGUUGAGGGCGCACCAGAUAUUUAUCGAGUAGCUCAAAGUGGAGAUGCGACUUGCAAUGGCCUUUUUAGCCCUAUGGAAGGAUCGCGAACGAUGACUUUGACAAAAGUGUCGACUCCAGGAAAGUGCCGAUUUCCAGAAUGGCUCACUGGCUAUGCGAAUAAUGACCUCACAUGGCACACCCUUGAUCUGACCAGAUCUUAUACUUUUCAUCCAAGAAACGCAACACUACAUAUAACGAGAAUUAACUCAAGUAAUUCAUGGUUUGAUAGUAGUUUCUCCGGUUCUCAAGACAUGAUUGGCAACGAUGAGGAACAAGAUAUCAAGAUUGUUUGUAAUAGCAUAAAACAAUCAAACCCCUCACAGACAGUCACGAUGCUUGUUGCUCACUUCACGGUCGGGUGCCAAAGUGGUUUCGUAUGCAUGACAUUUUACAAAAGAGAUGGUCACAUCAUGGAAGUACAAACUGGUAACACUGCCUCAAGACCCGAAGAAGCAUGCGGCCUUUCUCACUAUCAAUCUCGCAAUAUUCCCUACCUUACAUUAGUUACAAGUUCAUCAAAACCACAACAGUGCCCUUAUCUUGGAAGAUUUACAGUUUCUGGUAUUCAUGAUAAUCAAAGAAACACACGUGAAAAUCAACAUACUUCACAGAAUUCUUUGAUAGUGAAAAUACAGGAGGCGAAUAAAGUCAGACAUACUGAAGAUCGGGAAUUCCAAAAAGUUGAUGCUGAAACUGAAAAGAAGCGAAUUAACAACAAAUAUUUAAUCCGCGAGCGCAUUGGAAGAAAAGUUAGGUCUAAUCAUUCUAAUCGAUAUCACAACAAUCUAAAACGAGUAAGAACUCGAAGAAAGUCUAAAAUAGACGUCACUGAUGAUACACUAUAUAGAAUAGCAAGAAGUCCGAAAAUAGAAGAUUUCCAAAGGAAUGUGGAUACAAUUCCACAAGUUCGUCAAUUACAGUCUUUAAAAUCAGAUGAUACUUUAUUAGAUGAACUCCACAACCCUAACGAAGAUUUUGAAAUCAACAAUAAGCCACUAAUAAAAUUAUUUGAUUCCGAAUCUAUUUCUCUUUCUUAUCAUGAUUUACUGCGAGUAAAAAGAAGUCUUCAAUCCAAUGAAAAUGAAGAGUUUAGUGAUGAUCCGGAAAAAAGAGGAAAACGAGAAGAGGAUGAUCUCCAAUGCAAUUCUGAAAUUACUACGCUCACUAUUGGUUGCUCUACUGCUGAUCGAAUGGAAUUUCAAAGUGAUUGUAUGGAUGAUACCGAAUCUAUAACAGCUUAUUCAUGUCAUGGUCGGUGGUUUGAUUCUGAAGGAACACAGUUUGUUAUAGCAACUCCUCUGGCCCAAAGAGCUGAUUGGUCAAAUGGUAACAAUGAACCUCAAACCUUCAGAAACAGUCCAAGACUGUGCUUCAUGUAUCGUGAAAAUGGAGGAGUUGUAAGUCUGACUGCAAGUCCUGUUGCAUGUCAAAGAGGCAUCCCUCCACCUCCGCCAAUGUUGGCUUUUAAUGUCACAAGCAUCGGCCGCUGCAUGGAUGACAACAGCAGUAUAAGUCAGCGGGCGUCCUACCUUAUGAUGAUUACAACUGUCAUCAUUUUGUACCUUGAAAUUCUCAGGUGAUUUUGAGCAUCAUUUAAGUUAAUGAUUGAAAAAGUGAAUCUUCGUGAUAAAUAUCGCACAAAUUGUAAAGUUUCUAAUUAUUUAGUUGCGAACUCCAUAAAUAGUGACCUCUUAUAAAUAAAAAAAAAUUUUAUGCACUAACAUUUUUUAAAUGUAUAAUAACAAACAGAGCUCUAUUUGCUACACAAAAGUUUGUCAUUUAGUAUAAUAGCGCGUAAAUUUAUUCUGUACAAAAUUUAUUAAAUUUUUUUACCAGGUUGUUAUAGAAUUUAUACUGAUUAAUUGUAAUAACGAAACAAAAAAAAAAAACUUGCAAUUAAUUCAUAUCAAAAUACAUGGCAAUAGAUUAAAUUUUUAACCACAGUAAGAAAUUUAAAAUUGAGUAUAACGAUGUCAAACAUACAACAGUGGAUGUUUUAACAAAAAUAAUGUAGAUAUUAAUUAUUAAUUAGAAUUAAGAUUAAAUUACAUCAGACCAUGGUGUAUUUAGCGAACAUAAAUUAGUAGUUUUUAAGGAAGUGAUCCAAUGCAAUACAAUUCAGACUGUAAAAUAAGAUGUUAUUAUUUGUACCGAUUAACUUGAUUGAAGAGAGUGAAGAAGAAUGGUUUUGGAAUAAAUAAUAGUAGAAUGAAAAAGUAAAAGUAUUAAAUCAAGUUUAAGAAAAAUACAAAAUUUUUAUAAAAUGGAUAAUGUGUAAAAUGUAAAUUGCUGUAACUGUGAUCAACUAUCUUGUGUAUUAAAAUAAAGAGUAAGAGAUAAAAGGCCGAAAUUAAAAAAACACUGCAGUAUAUAUAUAUACAUAUAUGUAUGUAUAGAUGUAUAUAUAUAUACAUCUUUAUUAUCUCUUCAUUAAUCGCUUAAUCAAGUUUAUUAAUCGACUGUUUUAUUUUUUACUCACGGCAAGAAAAUAUAAAGCGAAAAAAUAUGUUAAUAUUUCUUCAACUGAUACAUAUAAAAGCAAUAAAUGACACGAAAAAGUUGUAUGUAUAAAUUAUCGAUGCUGUUAUACUUAUAUUAAAAAGAAAAAAAAAAAAGAUAACCUAUACAAAACAAAAAAAACACGAGACAAAGUCUUCCCAGAAAGUAAGUCGUCGUCGGGAAUUGUCGGAAAUUUUCGGUUUGUAAUGUUAAUGUGUAGUAAUGACGUAAAAUUAUACUUGUUUUUUAAUAGUGGGAGUAAAAACCGUGGCUUACUCUCUGGGAGGACCUUAUAAUAUUUCUUUAAAGAAUUACUAUUGUCAAGUGAAUGUUAUAAUUAAUUAACAAAAUGAAAUAAAAAUCAUAAUAACAACGAUGAUAAUUGUACAGAGAAAUAUUAAUCAUACAAUGAAUGAAGUUUAACUGAAAAUUGAUAAUGAUAUUAUUGUAAUUUAUACAGAGUCUAUAUGGUAUUAUGUAAUUAUACGAAAUACUCAUCUUUUCAGUAAUUAUCAUCUCAAAUAAAAACGAGAAAUUUUUUUAAACAAUUACGUUAACGAGUUCCAUAUAAAAAAUAGUAUCGUGCUGUAAUUAAUACUGAUAUAAUUUUCAAUUUUUGCUUGUUUUUUUAUUUUUAUAAUUUUCUAUUUAUUCAUUUUAAAAAUUUAAUUGAUAAUAAAUAUAGUUAUAGUUGAGUCCGUAAAAGAAUGAUCUUUCUUCCCACCAUUUUUCUACAAUUAAGUCAUUACUACUACUGCGCAUGCGCGUAAGUGCAAGUUCAUGGACUUCAUCAUAGCCAAGUAGUAGAAGAAAAGUUCAUUCUUUUGCAGACAACUAUAAAAGCAAAGUAUUAAAAUAGUUAAUAUUUCUGCAAAGAAAUGUCAUCGUUAUGAGUACAGCAAUCGUUGGCUCAGUGUUUUAUAGAUUCAAAAUUUUUUUAUAAGAAAAAAAAAAUUUUGAUGAAUUGUAAGUUCAUAUAACAAAUUAUUAAUUCAGUUUGCUUAGAAAUUAGUACAGUAGAAUUAUGCUAAUAAUUGAAAUAAAUUUAAGAUUCGUAGAUUUUAAGGUUAUUGUGACAGCAAUCAGAUGCCCUAAUAGGCUAAAUUUAUUAAUUUAGUUUUAAAAUUUGACGGUAUAAUAAAGGCAUAACUAUUAGUACUGAAUAAUAUAAAGUUAAAUUUAAAAAAUGUGAGUCGAAUCGAGAAUUUAAUUCAAUAAGCAGUCAAAAAAUUUGUAACGAAAUUAUGUUCAUCAUUGCAUUACUGACUAUGGAAGCUUCGAAUUUAUAAUUAACAAUUGUUAAUAUAUUACCAAAAUUCCGAUACCUAUUAAAACACCUAAAAACAUCGAUACAUCAAUCGAGACUUUGCUUUUACUAAAACCCCACAAAUUUAAUAAAUCAUAAUGGCCCAAAAACGUUGAUGGCCAACGUUACAAACAAAGCAGCUUUCCUGAUUAGAAAAUAUCAUCUGAUAGAUUAAUAAUGAUAAAGGCACAUAAGAAGUAGCAUGUGAAGUAUUCAAUACAGUCGAAUUCCAUUAACUCGGACAGUUAAUCUACAGGGAAAAAAGUAGAUAGUACUGGUUACUGUUCUGCGCAGUAAUCGAUGAAAAACAUGGGAAAAAAUACAUUUUAACAUGACUGAUUCAUAUUAGAACAGGAGUAAGUCAUUUCUUCCCUGAUAACGAAAAAUGAUUUAAAAUGAUUAAAAACAAUUUGAAAUGAUUUAAAACAAUUUGAAAUGAUUUAAAACAAUUUGAAACGACUAAUGUAUGGAUAUACACUUAGCAUAGGUUAAAUCAUUUUUCUUAAUCAGGGUUAACACGUACUAUUACUUUUUGAACAGUAACUAGUGCUGUGCUACACAGUAGAUGAAACAUAUGACUGGUUAUACUGUUAAAAUAGUUGCUGUUCGUGGUUAAAAGAGUAUACAAACCGGGUAUCAUUUUCAUUUAUUAGUGUGGUUAUUCAUUUGGCAGCACCACGAAAACCGUAGAAUCCUCGGUUUAAAACCUCUUAACAAUAACUAGUCAUAUAUUCCAUGUACUAUGUAACCAAAACUGGGUGACUUCUCAGGAAGGGAGGGGAAGAAACCACGCCCGCUCUUGACCAAAAUGUGGUAUGUCAACUAAUACAUGGGAUUGGUACUAUGGGCGAAUCCUCUCCAAGCCAUCAUAUGGGAAACCAAAUGCUUAGGAUUCACUGGGUUUGGACUCGCAGUGGAUGUUGGUUCGGCACCCACACAUAAAAGGAUCUUUGAUCUAAUCAUCGAUCCUAGGGUACUGCCAAUAAUGAGCUUAUGCUCAAUAUUUCGCUAUGAUCAUAUUAUGGUAGAAGAUAGGGAUGUACAGAUGACAGAGGAGAUAGACUUUAGUCUCAUUAUAUUAAUUAAUUAAUGUACUGAGUAGCACAGCACUGCCCUGUUUAGAAAAUUUAAUAGAAUCCAAUAGAUUCUCAUAAAUUCCUAUAGAGAUUUUAUAAGAACGAAUGAGUUCUAUGAGAAGUGCUUGGUUAAGUAUAGGGCCUUAUGCAUACAGCUGUAAGAAUCUAUCGGAUUUUUUAAACAGAAUAGUUACUGUUUAAAAAGUGAUGGUACGUGUUAAGCAAUGACUCAAUACUUUUCUAAUAUGGAUCAGUCAUGUUAAAAUGGAUUUUCCCGAUAUUUUUCGUCGAUUACUGCAUAGAACAGUAGAUAGUAACCAGUACUAUCUAUUUUUUUCUGUUUACGAAGGAGUGGAAAUUUCCUGGAAAUUCCGACUUAUCAAAUGCUACUCCCCCUUUAAAGAGUAAACUACAUAUAUGCGCUCUUACAUAUACAUGUACGAUGCAUAUGUAAAUAUACAAAUGUAUAGAAACAGUGGAAGACAGCUUAGCUCGUAGUAGGGGUUAAGAUUGAGGGAAAGUUCCGAGUUAAUGGACUCCGACUUUAUAGACUUUAACUGUAUAUUAUUCGGUUAAAAUUAUGUUGAACUGUUUUUGAUAAUUUUGAAUCAUCAUUUAAAAACAGGGUCCUCUUAUUAGAAAUCUUAUGCUGAAUCUGAUUCAUAUUGUAAUAAAAAUGUGACUGUUGUAGAUGGUAUCUAAAAAACAAAUGCCUUCAUCUUACUUUACGUAGCAACGUUAUCACACUUGAGUAAAAAAUCGUAAAAAGCAAAAAUAUUAUACUUCUGUGAAACUCAACAAAACACCUAUUUUGACAUCAAUAUUAUCACGUUUUUACUUCUCUGACGUUGUCAAUAAUAAUUAAUAAAUCUUUAUUCAAUAUUUUAUAAACCAUUGU